AUGAACUGGCCGAGUAUGGAAGAGCAAGCUGGCAAGAAAGAAGAGCAGCUGACGGAAAGUCAAACGCCUUCUUCUUGGUCACCUGCCAUGUCUCCGCGUUCUUCGAGUAGAGCGUCUUCCCCUCCCAGCUCCCAGAAAUUAUUUGUUUGUUCGGAGGUUUUUGGAGGGACAACACCUACUUGUCUAACUGCAGCUAGCCGCAGUCAUAUCCCCAUCCAGGAAAGGUGCGCAGGUAACCGGCAUGACUCACCGGGGACUGGAACAGCACUACCACCCAGAGACGCAGCAAGAACUGAAUCUGGUCCAGAAAGCGAAGAUUGUGUUAGAAGAUCUGUUCGCAAAGACAAUUUGCCUCGUACGGGGUUGUUUGCGGUGGCGGGGGUCCAUGCUGCAGAACUUACACAUCUGAGAAGGCUCCCCAAUGGCCACUACCGGCGUGUGGGCAGACCGAGGUACAGGUCAGGGGACGAGGGGCUUUUCGAGGAUCCACUUUCACGAAGCUUUCACAGACUGAAAAACUGUACUUGUUGCGUGGCAGAGGAUGCGUCUCACAUGCUCAUUUCUCCGAAGUUGUCAGCAUCCGUCCGGGGAAAUGGAAAUCAUGGAGAGAAGAAGUGUCGGAACUGUCAUAUUUUAGAAGGAAAGCUCAAAGAUAUACUAGACGGGGAAAGGGAGGUGCCAAGCAGGAAACAAUCAGAAAAAGAAACCAAUUCGGUCAACCGUCUGAAAGAAAAGGUUGAACAGUUGAAAGAGGCACUUCGGGUAGCGGACCAGCGAAUUGCCGCACAGAAACAGGUUGAGCGGAAGUCUAUGGAAAACAUCGAUGCUUUGAGGAAAAUAUUGCAUACACUCGAGGAAACUCAAACCACGGGUGGAGGUCUGGACACUGACAUAAAGCAGAUGAAUAAUCAACUAAACGAUCAAGAGAAAGCUCUUCGGGAGGAGGGGUUUGCCACGAACGUCGCCACGGAAGACAUCGGAGUUCAGACUAAGACCGUCGGAGUCGUUUUUUUCAGCGAUCCUAAGCUCAAAGGCGGCAUGUUCGUUCAGAUGUUGCAGGGGUCAGAGCGCAGAACCAUGGCUUUGAGGGUUGACUAUGCACUCCGUCUUCUUGUGCUAACUAGACGGGAUACCAUAAAGUUCAUUCCUGUUUUAGACGUUGUUCGCAUAGUAACAACGUCUGAAAAACUACGCCGAUUGCUGGAGAAAGAGGGUAAUUAUAGGCAAGAUGUACGAGACGAAGAACUCAACCGCAUCGUGGCUUUCUUCGUGGAAGCAGGGAAAUCUUCGUUACCGCUCUUUAUUGUGUUACCUUCGGAGCACCUUCGGAACACCCUUGUUGCGCAUGUAACUCAGCUCCGGUUCUCGGCGGAGGUGGAGAGGGGCCAUUUAACUGACAAGGGUUUCCAUGGCGAACAUCUCACGGACGGCUGGCUCGACGAUGAGAGAGGAAAGAAAUAUGGAGAGAGCCCGCCAUAA